CCGCGUCCCCACCUAGCCAUGGCCGCGACUACGGCCGCCUCGCUCCCGCCGCCGGCCACUCGCUCUACCGGCUCCUCCUCUCGCAUCCGCCUCAAGCUCGCAUCUGUCCCCAGCUGCCGCGACCACAGCUUCAGCGUCCGUCUCCGCCGCUCGCCGGUGGUACCUGCUGCUGCCGCGAGCUCCCCCUCUGUUCCAACCUCUUCUCCGGAACCAGGGUCGGGUAUCGGUGAUGCCCUCGGUGGCGUCGCCAUCUUCUCAGCAGCCACUGGCGAGCCCGUGCUGAUCAGGGAUCUCUGGGACCAGAACGAGGGAAUGGCUGUCGUUGCGUUGCUACGGCAUUUUGGAUGCCCUUGCUGUUGGGAGUUGGCCUUGACGUUGAAGGAGACAAAAGAAAGAUUUGAUGCUGCUGGUGUCAAACUAAUUGCUGUUGGUGUCGGCACUCCUGAUAAAGCCCGUAUUCUCGCUGAACGUUUGCCCUUUCCACUGGAUUACCUCUAUGCAGAUCCUGAGCGCAAGGCUUAUGAUCUAUUGGGUCUAUAUUUUGGUCUUGGUCGCACAUUCUUCAAUCCAUCCAGUGUGAAAGUGUUUUCUCGGUUUGAUUCCCUCAAGGAGGCAACAAAGAACUAUACAAUUGAAGCCACCCCAGAUGACAGGCCAAGUGUCCUGCAACAGGGCGGAAUGUUUGUGUUCAAAGGGAAAGAACUGUUGUAUGCGAGGAAAGAUGAGGGGACAGGUGAUCAUGCACCAUUAGAUGAUGUUCUGAACAUCUGCUGCAAAGUUCCAGUAGCCUGAUUUUGGUCCUACAAAUGGGAGUUCCAGGCACUCAUGCUCUUAUACC